CAAUUCCACCACCCACGUUCCCAAACUGCACAGCAGUUUUAAAUCAGUUAAUUUUGCUUUGAAUUGAAAUCAGUUAAUUUUGCUUUGAAUUGAUGAAGUAGAGAUUGGAGAAUGAAAGACUUCAUCAACAGUGGAGAUUUCAUCAACAUUCCUACAUAUAUCUAUCUUAUCCUCAACGACGAUUUAGAUCGCUUCACAGUCUCUCUGAAUUUGUCUCUGAAUGGACGGUCUGAUCAAGGGCUUGAUCGAUGUGGCACUGGGUCACAACGACGACAGAGACGAAGAAAGAAACUCUGAGUCUCGCGAAGAUCGGUCCAGAUCCACUUGGGCAGAGGUGGUGUCUGGGGAGCAGGAUAACGACGAACCGAGCGGUGAUCGUGGUCACGAUCGUAAUCAGUGGAAUAGAGAGGUUUGGUUUUCUUGGUGUGGUGAAAUUGAGAAUUGUGAUGAAAUUUUGCUUCUGAUAUCUGAGAUUGCUUUCAGUAAAUCAAAUGAUCAAAAAACAGUGCUUCUAUUCAAUUUUGUAGAAUGUUUUUGACAGUAUACUUGAAUCACAUCUCUCUGGUAUACUGUUUUUUGUGUUUGUAUAAUGAAAACAAUAAGUUGCAGUGAAGGGGGGGGAUUGUUUUGUUUCAUCUUUACACCAGUACAAUGGAGUUCCUGAGGAAGAAAAGAAAAGAGAUUUGAUUUGGUGUGGUUCACUCUAUGAUAGGAUUGCAAAUAGAUGGUACUGAUAAAAAAAUGGUUGGUUUGGUUGA